AUGCGCUAUGAUUCACAGGCAUCUAAAGAUUCAGCGGUCAAUCAAAAGAUAACGGAAACUUACAAAACAGCUGCGAACCCAUCAACAAAUGUUGCCUAUAUAUUAGACCUUCACGACGACAGUGUCCAGCCUCUUCGUGCUACUGUGAAAACAAUGCAACUUCAAAAUACAAUUUUUACCAACAACUUUCAGUCCUUGUCCACGGAACUUGCACGUUUCCAGUUCAUUGCAGCCACUGUACAGAUUCUGGCCACAUUAAGCUGGAAUAAAAUCAUUAUUAUCAGUGGGAAACGGUCUGAGUUUCAGCAAGAAGUUAACGUUUUCAUUUCUGAAGCAUACACACACAACAUAUGUGUGGUUGCAACAUUUCAUAUUGAAUCCAUUCUAUUGCCAGUUCACACAGAUUUAAAACUGUAUCUGGGCAUGCCCAUAGUUCUGUUGUCCACUAAAGAGGAUUCAAAUUUUGUGUUUGAUUCUUUAAAAUCUACAAAGAAUUUAUAUUUUUGGAUUGUGCCAGUGUAUCAUACUUCGUGGGCUCAGAUUCUCAGCAAGCAGGAUUACUUUCCCCUUGGAUCCAUUCUAGUCGAGAGAAAAUCACAACAAAAUGAACAGUUCAAUAUUUUCUUGCAUAAUUUAACAUCACAGCCUAAUUUUAUUGGAUCGUUGUCGUCUUGGUUCCAGGAGCUACUGCAGCUGAGAUUCUCUUGCUAUUUUCCUACAACACAAAUUCCAGAUCUGGACAAAACACAGCAGUGCCCAUUGAGCACAACCGCCUCAGAUAUGAACAUGACUUCCUCUGAAGUGUAUGACUCAAUUGUGCAUGUGGACGCAGUCUUACACAGUCUCCAUGCUACAUACAUGGACAAGUGUCCCGGUGGCUAUGGGAUGUGUUAUCAAUUAGCAGAGACUCUAAAAAACAAAACCUGGUCACUGGGUCGAAACGUGACCUUCAACUAUCAAGGGGAGCAGCUUCAGUAUACGUUUGAGGGGCAUCUACUAACAGAGUUGUCUCUCUUCAGUUACCAGAAAGAUGGCUUUCAACGGAUUGGCUCCUACUUCAAGCCCACGUUGAUGCUGAACGUUACACAGCUUCGAUUUUACACGCUGGAUGGCUCUGAACUAAACACAAUCCCACAAGCUGCUUGUGCAUCCUCGUGCAAUUGUCUUAUCGCUUCAGCAGUUAACGGGACUACUUGUGUGGAGACAGGUCCACACGUUUACGUCACAACAGGGGAGUUUAUCAACAAUCUGUGGGCAAUUAUUGCUUUGGCAAUCGCCAGCUUUGGUGCUUUGCUGUCUCUGAUAUUCGCAGUUUACGUUGUGUACAAAGUCACACAAAAAGCUUUGGGCAAACGAUUCGUGAGCCUGGGUUUGACUCUGCUGUUAUCUGUGGCUCUUCUCUACAUGGCCAUUCUGCCAUUUGUGUUCACGCCUUCAGAGGCAGUGUGUGCACUUCGGUAUUUCUUCACCGGCUUGUCGUAUACUUUAUGUUUUGCUGUUAUCCUUGUGAAACUAAUGUCUUUACAAAGCUACAAACUCAUUGGAUUGGGUGGAGAAGUUUCAAAGGUCAACCAGUUUUUGACUACGUUUUUCAUUGUUGGGGUUCAAAUCAGCAUCGGUGUUCAGUGGUGGCUAAACAACAAACCAGCAAUGUAUUUAAUAACAGACAGUUCAGGCGUUACAAAAUACCUUUGUAAUUUCAAUCCACGGGAAUUCGUAUCCUAUCAUGCUUAUGUAAUGGUAUUGAUUCUAAUCUGUUGUAGCUAUGCCAUCAGCGUUAGAAACGAGAAGAAAAAUCUGGGGGAAGCCAAGCUGCUUCUGGCUUGCUCUUGUACUUGUGUUGUUAUCUGGGGAACAUGGCUGCCGUGUCUAGUUCUGCUGGAUCGAAGAUGGGCUGAUGUGAUUAUAUGUGCUGGUAUUUUAUCCUGCGCCACGGCCGUGCUGCUUAUUAUUUUUAUUCCCAAGAUUCAUAUGGUGUCCAGGUUGAAAUAUGACGUCUCACAAAAGACUAAUGUCAGGAAUGGCCACAGCAUAGACACAGAUUUUCUUUACGAGCGUCCGUAUUCUCUGCCGGGCACACUCACUAGUACAUUCUCGUCUGCCAAGAUGAACUACCCAAAAACAGCUUCAAGUUUCGAUGCUGAUGUGAAUUAUUAA